GCGAUCCUUACAACAUAUCUUGUUCUAUAAACAAUAAUAAUGAACAUUCAAACAAUAUUGCACAAUGUUUCUCUCUUUUUUCUCAUAUUCUGCAUUGGGCUACAACGAAAAGUGUAUUGCUUUUUUCACCACCAUUCUCGUCCAGAUGCAAAUUACCUUCGUUUUACACACGAGGCCACAGAUUUCUCUCCCACUCAAUAUUAUGAUUACAUUAUCAUUGGAGGAGGGACUGCUGGUUGUCCUUUAGCUGCCACUUUAUCUGAAUCGUAUUCCGUCCUGCUACUUGAAAGGGGCCGUAGUUCAGACACGAGCGUGUUAUAUGAAAGUAAUAUCUUUCGGACGCUCACAACUGGAAAUGAUAGUGAUUCUCCGGCACAAAAUUUUGUUUCUGAAGAUGGUGUACAACACACAAGGGCAAGGAUUUUGGGAGGCGGUAGCAUGAUAAAUUAUGGGUUUUACUCGAGGGCCGAUGACUACUUCUACAAUAAUGCAGGUAUUGAAUGGGAUAUGGGUGCUGUAGAGAUAGCUUACGAGUGGGUAGAAAACAGUAUUGUAACUCGUCCGGCCCGUUUAAAUAGGUGGCAAACUUCUGUGUUUAAUGCCUUACUCGAAGCGGGAGUGGUUCCUAAUAAUGGAUUCACCUUUGACCACGUUCGAGGAACCAAGGUUGGUGGUUCAACAUUUGAUGAUAAUGAGAUACGACAUGGGGCGGUUGAGCUUCUCAACAAUGCCAACCCUGAUAAUUUAGAUGUGUUGGUUCAUGCCACGGUUGACCGUAUCAUCUUCUCUACCUCUAACCCUUUAGCUGCAGUUGGGGUUAUAUACCAUGAUUCAAAUGGAGCAUACCAUGAAGUUUAUGUAAGAACAAAUGGAGAAGUAAUUUUGAGUGCCGGAGCUCUUGGAAGUCCACAACUUUUGUUACUAAGUGGACUCGGGCCAACGUCGUACCUUUCAUCUAUGAAUAUUCCUGUUGUUUUAGAUCAUCCUUUUAUAGGACAGUUCAUGGCCGAUCCCCCACGUACUGGAGUAAAUAUCGUGAUUCCAUAUGCAUCAACCGAUGUAGGAAUCCGUGUGGUUGGGAUCACAGACAGUGGACCAUACAUCGAGUCACCUACAAUACCCCCAAAUUCGACUCCCAUGAGUUUUUUACCUUUCAUGGGUUCAGUUCCACCUUUAAACACUAGUGUGGAGAUUCUUUCGGCAAAGGUUAGUAGGCCAUUAUCAACUGGUUGGCUACAUCUCAAAUCCGCGUCCAACGUAACUGUUAGCCCAGGCGUCAGGUUUAAUUACUACAAUCGCACCGAAGACAUUCAUCAAUGCUCGAAUGCUGUGGAAGUUAUCAGAAAAAUGUUGGCUAGUCCAGCCUUGAACGAAUACAAGUUUAAUGACCCUGAUGGAGGACAAAGUUUUAGAUUUAUUGGGCCGUCGUUACCGCAGAAUGCAUCUGAUUAUGAGACCAUUGCGAGUUUCUGUCGUGAAUCACUGGCCACAUUUUGGCAUAUCCAUGGUGGAUGCUUGCCUACCAAGGUUGUUGAUAGUGGUUUGAAAGUCAUCGGUGUUGAUUCUUUGCGAGUCGUUGAUGCUUCAACAUUUUUUAACUCACCGGGAACAAAUCCUCAAGCAACCACGAUGAUGUUGGGACGGUAUAUCGGUAUGAAAAUACUUGAAGAGAGGGCUGGAUAUUAGUUACAUCCGUUCGUUAGAUUUGUCCCAUAUUGUGAUAUCUCUAAUGUCCCAUUAUUGUCAAUUAUUUUCCCAUUGAAAAUCUUGACACCUGCAUGUACUUCUUUUCAUAGUUUUAAUUUAAUAAUGCAACUUCGACAA